GUCACAUGGACGUAUGAUUGCAUAUGCAGGGUCAAUCAAGUGUGACCUCCCCCUUGAUAAAAGCAAAUACUGUUAUCUAACGUUUAUUGACUUGCUCAAUGAACUACUUCGAUCGCCACAGACACUCCAAAUGGUUCCUUAAAUGAAGGUUUCACGAUACAGCAAACUCAUUUUACUUUAGUAUUUAUGUACAUUGGAAUUUUGUAACCCGCUUGAAAAAUAAAUUGGAGAGGUAAAACAGGAGGUAAAAUGGAAUCUUUGGGAUUUAGUCCUGCAACCUUGGUACUCUUCACGGUAUUUGUAAGCAUUGUAAGCUAUCGAUGUCUAGUCUGCCUGGUCGCAGUAUGGCGUGAAGUCCAGAGAAUCAUGCACAUUCGACGCACUCUUCCAGGUCCCAAACCUCACUGGUUGUUCGGCAAUGUCCUACAAGAACCGGGACCACUGACCCCUGGGUUUGAGUGGUAUCGUAACAUGGCUAAGACCUAUCCAAAACUCCACGUCUUCUGGGCUGCUUGGAAACCGGUUGUUACCCUAAAUCAUCCAGACUCCGUGAGAAAUGUCCUUAAUGGCAGCGUAGGAUCUGUGAAAAGUUCACUUUAUGGUCUGUUUGAAGAAUGGCUAGGUCAAAACAUGGUUACCACAGACGGAAAGGUGUGGAAGAGACACCGAAAACUAAUUACAAACACUUUCCAUUUCAACGCUCUUAAGAACUACAUCCCCAAGAUAAACCAGGUAGCAGAGACCUUGGUUUCUGUAAUCACGCAGAGAUGUGAAGAAGGAAAGCCCCUAGAACUUUACAAAUCAAUGGGUUCAUUUUCCAGUGACGCCAUCCUCCAGUGUGCAUUUUCCUACAAGUCUGAUUGUCAAAAGGUGGAGUCACAAUUCGUACAGCAUGCUCACAAUUUGAUGGAUAUCGUCACGAAGAGAUCCUUUAGCCCGUUCUUACCGUUUAAAUUCAUCUUCCGGAGAUCUUCCCUCUACAAACCAUGGAGAAGGGGGAUUGAUGUUCUUCAUACACUUAUAGAGAAUAUCAUUUCAGAACGAAGAGAGGAGCACAAAACAAAGGGAUCUAACUUGGAAUACUUCAAAGGGAUGGACUUUCUUGACACUAUCAUGCUAGCCAAAGACUCCGAUGGCGGACUAACAGAUGAAGAGAUAAGGGACGAGGCAAAUACCUUCUUGGUUGGCGGAAUUGAUACGACAUCUAGCGCCCUCACUUGGCUGAUAUACUUGUUGGCUACUCAUCCGGAAUACCAGACCAUGGUUCAGGAGGAAGUUGAUAAACUCUUUAAGGAUCGUGAGAAUCGAGAGAUUUACAGCGAAGACCUCCAUGAUACUCCGUUUCUGAUGAAAUGCAUCAAAGAAAGUCAGCGUAUGUACUCGUUUGUAUCGCCUGGCCGCCUCCUAACCGAACCGUUGGUUGUCGAUGGUCUAACCGUCCCAGCAGGAACCGAGAUUACCAUCUUCGUCUACCAACUCCAUCACAACCCCGAUGUGUGGGGAGGUGAUCACAUGACAUUCAAACCAAGCCGCUUCGAUCGCGAGAACGUCGAGAGUCGAGAUUCAUUCGCUUUCAUUCCUUUCUCGGCUGGUGCGCGUAACUGCAUCGGCCAACAGUUUGCGCUUCAGGAGAUGCAAAUAGCAGCGAUUCGAAUGUUUGACAAGUUUAGCUUUACGUUGCUCCAAGAUUCCCUCCCAGUCUUUAAAGUAAUUAGCGCGCCACAAGAUGAAAUACUACUUGGUAUUCAUCCACGGAAUGAAAAAUAACUCUAUUUUAUAAAUCAAUUUCAUCGCCCAUUUACAUAUAUCCACUGGCGUAAAUCCCGGGGGAUGGGGGGAUAUAUCCCCCCCCCCCUUUUCGAGGAGGGGGGAUGGCCUGUA